AUGAAGUGCUCGUGGAGGACCGUGAUGGCAGCAGAAGAGGCUUCAAGCUGCCAGGUUCCCCGCCGGCCCUGGGCAUCCAUCCUGAGGAUGACUAUCCCAGUGCUUAUUAGCACAGGCACAUGCUACCUCAUCUGCAACCUGUGCUUCAGCCGGCAGCAGCAGCAGCUGGAUUCAACCAGGUGGGACUUAGCAGAGCUUCAGCUGAAUCACACAGGGUCGCGGCAGGACCCCAGGCUGCGCUGGCAGGGGAGCCCCGCCCUGGGACGCUCCUUCCUGCAUGGGCCAGAGCUGGACGACAACGGGCAGCUGCGGAUCCAACGUGAUGGCAUUUAUAGGCUGCACAUCCAGGUGACAUUAGCCAACUGCUCCUCCUCCACGUGGACUGCCGAGCCCCAGAGAGCCACGCUGACGGUGGCCAUCUGCUCCCCUGCCGCCCACAGCAUCAGCCUGCUACGCCUCAGCUUCCACCGCGGAGGCUGCUGGGUCGCCUCCCAGCGCCUCACCUUCCUGGCUCGUGGGGACAUUCUCUGCACCAACCUUACUCUGCCUCUGUUGCCUUCCAGAAACGCUGAUGAGACUUUUUUUGGGAUUCAGUGGGUGGGCCCUUGA